CAUUAACUACGAUUUUCAAGUUUAUAUUUAGAAUAUUUGUGGAAUCAAUGUAGUUAUAUUUUCUAGCACCUUUUCGAAAGUCUCAAAGUUUGUUUAAAAGUCUACCUCACUAUCUUCUUAACAAAGUCUACACCACUCAAGUGAUGAGUGGUGUAGAUCGGCAUGUUUAAAUUACAUAAAAUGUUAGCAAAUUUAUGAUUAAAAAAGACUUUAAAGACUUUUUUGAUGGCUUGCUUGCAUUUUAAGCUAAAUAGGUUUCUAAAAACUCAUUGAUCUUGUCUAUAUAAAAAAAAGUUUGGCCUAAGCCUAACGUAGGCUAUGCCAUAUAGAUCUUUGUCAGUCGAUCUGACAUAUUUUCACCCCUAAUCAUAACAUUGUGUGAAGAUCAUGAGUCCAUCCUAAAAUGAUAUUAAAAGUUUUGAUUAUUCUCGUGACACAUCAAUGUCAGGAAUGAAGCUUGGAUGGGACUUAGAAACUGGUCUAGAAAGAUAUAUAUCAUCUUGGAAAAGUGUUGAUAAUCCUGCUAAGGGGGAAAUCACUACAAGAGUUGAUCUAAGAGGAUAUCCACAAGUAAUUAUGUUCAAUGGAUCUUCUCAUAUAAUAUUUAGAUCAGGGCCAUGGAAUGGUCAAUCUUUAGCUGGAUCACCAGGUUCAAAUUCUGCACUGUCACAAAUUUUUGUCUUCAAUGAAAAAGAAGUGUACUAUGAGUACCAAAUUCUUGACUGUUCAAUUUUCAGUGUUCUUAAAUUAAUGCCUUAUGGACCUGCACAAAAUUUGUUUUGGACAAGUCAAUCAAGAAACCGGCAAGUUUUACCGACAAGCGCAGAUGAAUGUCAAAUAUAUGCAUUUUGUGGUGCAAAUUCUGUAUGUAGUAUUGAUGGUAAUAACCAUCCAAAUUGUGAAUGCAUGAAAGGAUAUGUUCCAAAAUUUUCAGAAGAGUGGAAUUUAGCAUUUUGGUCGAAUGGUUGUAUUCGAACGAAGGAACUUAGUUAUACAGACGGUUUCUUGAAGUACACACUCGUGAAAGUGCCGGACACAUCUUCUUCAUGGUUUAGUAAGAAGUUGAAUCUUGAAGAAUGUCGAAAUAUCUGUCUGAGAAAUGGUUCGUGUGUAGCGUAUGCAAAUAUCGAUAUCCGUAAUGGAGGAAGUGGAUGUCUGAUAUGGUUUAAUAAUCUUAUGGAUGUGAGGAAAUUCUCUAAAUGGGGACAAGAUCUUUAUGUCAGAGUCUCUCCUUCAGAAUUAGAUCAACAUGCAGCAAUUGAACACAAAAACAACAAGAAUAAGAUAGUAGGAAUCACAUUUGGUGUGAUUAUUUUUGGAUUAAUUACAUUUUUAUCCAUAUUGACUAUUAAAAAUCCAGGGGUUGCAAGAAAGUUUUGCUGCUCAAUUUGCAAUACAAAACCAAGGAAGGAAGACCUUGAUUUAACAACAAUCGAUUUGUCCGUCUUGGUUAAAGCCACCGACAACUUUUCGAGCAGUAACAAACUCGGAGAAGGUGGUUUUGGACCCGUAUACAAGGGCACAAUGGUAGAUGGGCAAGAGAUAGCGGUGAAAAGGCUUUCGAAGAAGUCGGGACAAGGGUUGCAGGAAUUCAAAAAUGAAGUAGCAUUGAUCGCCAAACUUCAACACCGUAAUCUUGUCAAGCUUCUCGGAUGUUGCACUCAAGGAGGAGAAACAAUGUUGAUCUAUGAAUACAUGCCGAACAAAAGUUUGGACUACUUUAUUUUUGAUGAAAUCGAAAGGAUGUCACUAGAUUGGACUAAGCGUUUCAACAUUAUCAGUGGCAUUGCCUGGGGACUUCUUUAUCUUCAUCGUGACUCUAGGUUGAGGAUAGUCCACAGAGAUCUAAAAGCGAGCAAUAUAUUACUAGAUGCAAAUUUGGAUCCAAAAAUAUCAGACUUUGGUUUGGCUCGAACAUUUUUUGGAGAUCAAGUUGAGGCAAACACAAAUAGGGUGGCCGGAACAUAUGGUUACAUGCCUCCAGAGUACGCUGAUCGUGGACAUUUCUCUAUGAAAUCUGAUGUCUUUAGUUAUGGUGUGAUAGUACUCGAGAUAGUGUCCGGGAAGAAGAACACGAAAUUUUCCGAUCCAGAAUAUUACCACAAUCUUCUUGGAUAUGCGUGGAGAUUAUGGUCAGAAGAAAGGGCAUUGGAACUAUUGGAUGAAAGUUUACGGCAACAAUGUACGCCUUCUGAAGUCAUUCGAUGCGUACAAGUGGGAUUAUUAUGCGUUCAACAAAGACCGGAAGAUAGGCCAGACAUUUCAUCUGUGGUUCUAAUGCUGAAUGGCGAGAAAUUAUUGCCAAAGCCAAAUGUUCCUGGCUUUUACAUUGAAAACAAUGUAAAACCUGAAUUAGAUUCUUCGUCUACGGAUCAUAAUCUAUUUUCGACAAAUGGAUUAUCCAUCACAGUGUUAGUUGCAAGAUAGGAUAUAGAGGCAAGGCACCACUUUCCAACAUGAAAUACAUAUCUUACUUUAGAUUGUGCUUCAUUGUUCAAUGGUGGUUUUAUUACUUGAUAGUGUAUUUUCUGUUAUAAGCUAUCUUUGUUUAAUAACAAAUAUGUAAGAUAUGAAGAGAAGAAUUAAUGUCCAAUUGUCAAUUUCAUAUAAGUAUGUAUAUUAUGAUGGUUAGCUUCUUGUUAGAUUAGCAAAUCUAAUUUCACAACAAGUAACAAGUAGUCUAGUGGCUAGAAUUUCAUCUUAAACUUAAUAAAUAGAAUAUCUGAAGUUCAAACU